UGAAUUUUAAAUCGAAUAUUUAUCCUUUCUAAUCCUUAGGACAUGAAAGUUGGAGUACAAUGUAUCUCGUGUUUAUUUUUUAUUUUUUUAUUUCUUGUCAAUUUCUUAUCCAAUUACAAGUUAUAUUCAUAUUUGAAUUUUCUGUUAUGUUGUCGAGCAUAAUCCGAAAACAUUUGUUUCUUAAUCGAAUCAAAUUAAAAAUGAUAAUCAUAAUUUAAAGAACGAUCAAACGUAAUAUUUUAAAUUGAAUAUUUAGUUUUUUUUUUUAUUAUUAUUAAAAGUAAACAACAACCCUGGUCCUAUCCUGAACUGUUCUGGGUGUUUGGAGCGGGUCGGGUCUCCUGAACUGUUCUUCUCCUCCUCUUGUUUUUUUCCGUUUCCGUGUCCUCAACAUUUGGUUUCUUCUUUUCUUUUUAAUUUUAUUUUAUUUUAUCACUGAUGAUCCUGGUUGGGAUAACCGUAUCUAUCGUUCCAUCAAACAAGCAAAUUAUAAGAAAAUUCUCUUACAAUCAACAUCAAAGGUAUUUACAACAACUUUCCAUUUUCAAGAGCAAUUAGGGUUUCAGGUAAUCUUCAUCUUUCUCAUGCUGUAGCUGCAGUUCAUUGUAUCAUAUAUUUUUCUUUGCCAGCCAUUUCUUACAGAUUUGGUAAUGUAAAUUCAAUGCAUGUGAUGAGAUGACGCCAAAUUUCAAGUCGUUUAUCAUCUAUUCUUCAUCCGUCUUUAUUCUGUUCCUAGCAAUAUCUUUUAGUUUUAGCAGAACAGACUACUAUAAAAUCAAGCACUUGAAAUUGAGCCUCAGUUCACGCCACACAACUUUCUUUCAAUCCCUUUUAUCAUUUCUGUUCAAAACCCGAAAACCCAUCAAAUCCCACUCUUACUGUGUCCUAUGGAUGGCUCCCUUCCUCUCAGGUGGUGGGUAUAGUUCAGAAGCAUGGUCUUAUGUUUUAGCACUCAAUGAAUACAUGAAAAAUCUCCAAAACCCAAGUUUCAAAUUGGCUAUCGACCAACAUGGUGAUUUAGAGUCCCUGGAGUUUUGGGAGGGAUUGCCUCAAGAUAUAAGGAAUUUGGCAAUUCAGCUUUACCAAACAGAAUGCAGAAUAAAUGAGACCAUUGUGGUUUGCCAUAGUGAGCCUGGUGCUUGGCAUCCCCCAUUGUUUCAAACUCUUCCUUGCCCUCCAACUGGUUAUCGUGAUUUCAUGUUUGUCAUUGGCAGGACUAUGUUUGAGACUGAUAGACUGAAUGCGAGACAUGUUAAGCGUUGUAAUAGAAUGGAUUCUGUUUGGGUUCCUACUGAGUUCCAUGUGUCCACAUUUGUGCAAAGUGGUGUUGAUCCGGCUAAGGUUGUGAAAAUUGUGCAGCCUAUUGAUGUCAAGUUCUUUGAUCCUUCCAAAUAUAAGCCAUUGGAUAUUGCUUCCAAAGGGAAUCUGGUUUUAGGUGAAAAAAUUACCAAUUCAAAUCCUGGGAAGGAGUUUGUAUUCUUGAGUGUCUUUAAGUGGGAGUUUAGGAAAGGAUGGGAUGUGUUGCUCAAAGCAUACUUGAAAGAAUUCUCCAAGGAUGAUGGGGUGGUUUUGUACUUGUUGACUAAUCCUUAUCAUUCUAGUAGAGAUUUUGACAACAAGAUUGUCCAGUUUGUGGAAGAUACUGGUAUGGAAAAGCCAGUUAGUGGGUGGGCUCCUGUGUAUGUCAUUGACACCCACAUAGCUCACACUGAUUUGCCGCGACUGUACAAAGCAGCCAAUACAUAUGUGCUUCCAUCAAGAGGAGAAGGAUGGGGAAGGCCUAUUGUGGAAGCCAUGGCAAUGUCCUUGCCGGUAAUAACAACUAAUUGGUCAGGGCCUACUGAAUAUUUGACAGAGGAGAAUAGCUAUCCUUUGCCAGUAGAAAGAAUGAGCAAAGUAACAGAAGGACCGUUUAAAGGGCAUUUGUGGGCUGAACCAUCAGUUAGUGAGCUUCAAGCGCUUAUGAGGCAUGUGAUUAGUAAUGUGGAGGAGGCCAGGGCUAAAGGUAGGCAGGCGAGGAAGGACAUGAUCAAAAGAUUUUCUCCUGAAAUUGUUGCUGAGAUUAUCACGGGUCAUAUACAAAAUAUACUUAGACAAAUGACAAGAUGAUGUAUGAUGAUUAAUCUUUUGAUUUUGUGAUUUUAUAUACAAAAUAUACUUGAGAUGAUGUUAUCAGUUGCAGAUUUUGUGAUGAGUUACUGGUGAUUUUGCAAGAAUUUACUUGUUUAGCAAUUAGGCUAUAAAAUUAGAACUUUUAUGUUGCUGAUCUAUCCCGUGGAAUUGAUUCACUUGAGGCCAAUCUAAGGCAGUAUGCAAUUGUAGUCUGCUUCGUUUGAUGGCUGUUCUUCUUUGUGGCAUGGCAUUUUGUUAGCCCUUUGAUAAUGGAAACCAGAGGAAUGAAGAAUUUUAUCGUUUAAAGGAUGCUGGUGUUUAUAACUAGAUGUAUUCUCAGAGAUUCAAGGUAUAUUCCUACAAAAAGUUAAAAGAGUUUUUUAGUGACACAGAAUUUUGUUUACAAGAUUCCAAUCCCAUUUUGUUUUCAGAGGCCUACUUCAGCGAGUAUAUUUCAAAAAUGCUUAAAUAAUCGUUUGC